AUGGAAGAACCUAACUAUGUAAAUGCAAAUGAUAUUGCUCUUGAAAAAUCAUCGACUACAAGCACUAGUGAAUUAGAUCAUUAUAUUAUGUCAGAACCUGCUAAAGAAGAUAUGCUAGUAAUACUAUUUCAAGAACUUGUAAUCGUCUUCAUUCCAAGACAGCAAGAGUAUGUCUCUGCGUUAAAAGUUGGAUUAGUAAUAGAGUGGGUAAAAUUGAAUAAAAUAACGGAUUAUUCUAAACUG